AUGCCUGCCAUGCCUGACUCGCCGUCCCCAGUUCUAGCUGACGACGAGAGCGACUCCAGUUCAGUUCUGCCGGAUGUCUUCUCGAACAACGCCUCCGACUCUGAUUCCUCCACCGCAACUAGCGACCUGGACACCAGCAGCGAAUCCGAAUCCGAGCUUGAGUCUGACGAUGAGUCCGAGGAUGAGCUGGUGCUAGAUGAUGAAGAGGAGCAACUUUCACCAGAACACUAUCUUCGAGAGGCCGAGUCUUUAGAUGUCUCCAAGCUCCGACAGAAACGUUACAGUCCGAAAACUCAAGAGCGAUUGGAUGAGACGCAAGAUUUCUGGGACAGGUUUUGUCGAGGCACAAAACGUGAUCCGGUAGAAUGUCUUUCCUGGCUCUCUGAUACAGAGGAGACGGUCCGCUUCCUUAAGGCCCUCUUCUCCUGGCGCUGUGACCAGCGACGGGGAAAGGAUGGUCGUCACACCGCAGGAGUGAACAAAAAAAGCACACUUAACGCAUUCUGGAAGUGGUGGCAUCUGAUAUACACAGCCGAAGUUGGCCACGGCCUCAGUAAGGAUAUCCAAGUCAAGGUCCGCGAUGUGCUCGCGAUAGUAGCCACGGACAAAAAACUCUCCCUCAAAAAGCGCCCCAAAGCGACCAUGUAUGUCGAGGACGUGGCUGAAUUCGCCCGAGUGAUCCUGUCCACCACAGAAAUGACAUUUCCUUGUGGCUGGUACCGGAUCCAACUCCUCCUAUUCUGCCAGCUAGCGGCUAUUACUGGUAGUCGGCCCGGAGCGUUGCUAAAGCUUCGCUUCCAGGAUCUAAAGUUGACGUUAAUCCGGGAUCCGGACGGAGGACGCCCCCGACUUUUUAUCUACUUGAGGCCAGAAUUCACAAAGUCAUUUCUUGGAGAGAAAGAAUCGAACACAUUCCCGAUCCCGGAAAUUAUCUUCGACCCUACCUUGGUCCUCAGUCCUCAUGUUUUCCUGCUGGGCAUGCUAUUUAGAGUUGGCGCGUUUAAAAGUCUGUCUAAGGACGGCCCGGUGAUGAACUGCCCAGAGAAAUUAUACAGUCUUCGGGUCCUCAGCGGACUUGGACAACAGGAAUUGAAGCUCAAGGAUGAAAUCCUCGAUCGACAUGUUUUCUGUCACGCACUACGAGAACCGGACGGAAUUCGGAUAGCACUGGAAAAGAGUCUUAAUAAAGGAUGGCUAAGCUACCGAAUGAAACGAGGCGGCGAGAUCACAGGCUUUGAAGAAGUCGCGAAGCCGUAUUGCCUUCGAUACGGCGCAGCGAAAGCAUUUAAUGAUAGUCCGGAUGUAUCGAAUGAGUUACAGAACGUUAUGCUGCAGCAUGCAAGUAUUGACACCUUUGUUCGGCACUACAGUGUGGGUAUUCAUGUGGACGCUCAGGCAAUUGUAAGGGGCCUGCCCGCCCAGAAGCAACUCAUGCGGUUUGCCUGCUCAAUGAGUCGGUCCAUUGAUCCUCGUAGACCAUACCGGCUAGAGGAUUCGAGCUGUAUCAAUGACAUUCCUCAUGUGCACUCCUUGGAAGAGAGGAAACAGGCGCGCUCACGGAUCCGAGAUGUCAAGAAGCGUACCUACGAAAAUGCGCAGGCUGCAUUUCAGCGAGAAUUCGGCGAUGAUCCCCCGCAGAAGAGUCCUGCAACCCAGGGUUUCCGAAGAAUUCACAAGCGGUGGAGAACUCAAAAGAAAAACGUGGAGAAAUUGUGCCAGAAAUACAAUCGCGCAGAGGACCUGUUUCAGCACUCAGUGAGGCAGCUGAGAAAUGAGAAGAGAAGGCAAAAGCACCGCUUGAUUCGCGAGAACCUAGAGCGGUACAAAGAGGAGCAGCCAGUGAUAGACAGCGAGCGGCAACUUGCCGGAAAGGUUGUUGAUGAAGAAGUUAUGGGUGCGUUGCAGCGUACAGGCUAUAUGACACCGCAGCAUAUGACGCUUAUCGACAGUGUCUUGACUAUGCCAGGGAAGACAGUCGAGAAAGAAACCGAACGCCGAAUUGCUGCAAUCAAUGCGGUGAUUGCUGUCUGUGAUGCGGAAGAAGGUGCCCCCUCGCCUCCUCCACCGCAGAAACGCCCGGUCGAUGCAGUUGAUGUGCCCGCUGCUGCCCCCGUGCCUAAUAGGCAGAGAUCUACCCUUGCAGAAGAGAGAGACGAUGCUUUUUGUCAAGCCAUCGCCACUGUCUGCGUCAAAAACGAAAAGCAAAGACCAACAAUCUGCUUUAUUUGCCUUGGUAAUGCUGGGCUGCCCGAAAAGGAGCGUCUGAGAAUGUACAAGAACCCUGGUUCUCUCAGUCGGCACUUUGUCAACCGGCAUAUCAAGCCGUUCCCGAAUGAUAUGCACUGCAGGUGUAAUGUUUGCGGAGAAGGACUAGAAUCAAAAAAAUCACUCCUGAACCAUGCAGAAGGAGUGCACGGAACUGUCUCCUGUUUACCUUUACCAGCUCUUGGCCUACCACUAUCAUGA